UUUAAAUUUAUGAAUUUUCCAGAUAAAAUACAUGAUUAAAAUGUUGUUGCUAUUAAUAAUAUCUGGUUUGGGUUUGAUUCCGUCUUCAAGCUCACAGUCUCUCUCCCAGGGGGUAGCAAAGCUAUCCUUAGCUUUAUCCGCUAAUUUAGAAAAGGGCUCAAAGAAGAAUUUUGUCUGGAGUCCAUUUUCUGCACACUCCGCCUUCAGCCAGGUUCUCCUGGGGAGCUCAGAUAGUACAAGGACACAGCUAGAGAAUGCUCUAGGAAUUAGUUCAGAAGAAACGAUUAAUUAUCAAAGAUUACAAUCUUCUCUCAAGCAGGGGCAGUCUACUUUAAAGGUCGGAAACCUAAUGGCCAUAGCUGCAGGAUUCAAGCCUAAGCCAGAAUAUUCCCAGCAAAUUCAAUCAAGAUUUGGUUCUGAAAUUCUGGAAUUGGACUUUGCAACUAAUAAAGCGGGGAGCGUGGAAAAGAUGAACACUUAUAUAGCUGAUUUGACUUUAAAAGUCACUUUAAUAAAAUAAAAGAGAUCUAAAUGGAUAUUUCUAACAUUUAUUUAAUAA